UGCCUCUGCAGGCUGAUCGCUAAUCAGUUUGUUUGCAGACGUCUCUAGCGUCGGACGUAUGCGCAGUGCCGAGAGCCAGAAAAAAAAGCCGAACACAAGAAACAGAUCAAGAAAAAGAUAAAGUUAACGAUAGAGUGAAAGUGUGCCGCAGUUAACAAACGACACAAAAAGUAACAGCAACAUUAAAAAGAGAUACUCGCAUUGUAAUACUCGUAAUUACCGAACGUGAUCCGAGUGCGUUGAGAUUGAGAUUGAGAUUGAUAUCAACAUACUAAGUAACUUAUAUAUAAGAGGCAACAUGGAGAAUCUGCCGCACGCAUUAAACUACGAACUGUCGCACGAUUUGCAUUUCGAUCAUUUCGCCGGUGCCGCUCAACAGAUCCUCGAGAACGGAAAGAACAUUGAAGCUGCGGAGGCAUCAUCGCCCACGAUCAGCACAUUGGAUGUGCUGGCCAAUAACGAAUUUCUGCAAAAACUUGGAGCAACGAUCUUCAAUUCAAUUCAACUGAAGCAUCACAAACUCAACGAAGUUACCCACAAUUCCAGUGAACUGACCAUGGAUUUCGACUUUAACUCCAAUCAUGUGGUGUUGGAUAGCAGCAGUGUGGAUCAACUGCAGCAGCAGAUCGAGUACGACAAGUUCAUUAACGAAGUGUGGAUCGGCAUUGUCUUCACCCUAAUCUUGAUCUCGAUGGUCUUCUGCAUAUGCUCGUGCUUCCUGUACCAUCAGUUUCGUACGUGGAAACGCAAUUAUCACAACAAUGGGAACAGCUCGACACAGUGCACAAUUGUUGAUAUUGAGGCAUUGAAACUGCAACCCGAUUCGGAGGAUCCGGUGCCGGAAUACACAUUGGUAUCGGGUCUGCCCAGCUAUGAAGCCGCCUUGGAGUUGUUGCAUAAAACGCCGCAAUCGUCGUGUUUGAUUGUCUAUCCAAGCGUGUUUAAUGUAUUCAAUAAGCAUGAAAGAGCCAAUGCGGCAACAACAACAACAGCAGCAGCAAUAACAGCAGCAGCAGCAACAACAGCAACAACAACGUCAGCAACACCCACGGCAACAAUAGAUGCCGUUGCUGGGGAAGCGGCAACAUUUCCACAGACAGCAGCAUUGUGCGAGGCAACAACACCGCUGCUAACAACAACAACAACAGCAACCACAACAAUCGGAGCAACAACAGCAACUUCAACAAUAAACACACCCACAUGCGAAAGCAUUAAGUCCAAUUUUGUGCCAAGUUAUGCCGAAGUAUUUGGCUUCAAGACGAUCGAUGAGAAGAAUAAGUCAACGAAAAACUCAUCGAAAGGCCAAGACGACAAAUGCUAGAUAAAGUCUCUCUAGGAUAUAACAAUCCUGAGAUCUAUUAACCAAAUGUGUUCUGUGAUAAUGAACAAUUGUUGCUGUCGGUUCUCAUAUCAUAUAUGAUAUAUGCCCCCUGUACUUAAGUCUAAACUAAGCGCUGUGAUCAUACAAAAGACAACUCGCAAGAAUGCAUAACUAAUAUUUGGUAAAAGCUUGUUAUUAGUUCCUAAGUAGAUCAUAAUAAAUUAUACAA